AUGUCCAACAUCUGCGUGGCCAGUGAGAUUGCCAAGGUCGUUUUUCUCGGUCCUGUUAAAGGACUGUUGCCAGGGGUGGGAGGCGUUUCUGGGCUAGUGGUUCAGAAAAACGAGGCAAUCGGGCGGGUUGUUAACGCUGGCACCCCUGCAAUUAGCUGGACGCGCAAUGAGGCUUGUAUGCGCUAUUCCCAAUAUUCACUGAUCAGUUUCUACGGCUUGUCCGUUGUGGUCUGCAGGCCGGGCCAAUAUCUCCAAAAAGACGACCGGAAUUGGCACCAGCGCCGUGCGGUCGGGGAAAAGACGCAUGAACCCUAUUCCCUUGAGGAUGGCACCCAUGCCCAUGCCAUUGUUAUCGCGGGGAUGAAAGCUGAGGCGAGCUGAGGUACGUGAUCCCUGGGGAAGAUCUGGGGGUCGGCAAGUAUUGUCUACAAGAACGUGGGCGCAGACGGAAGAAAGCAAGAUUUCAGGGAUGCGAUGAAUGCAAUCAAGCGGCGGGCGGCAAUGAGCUGGGCAUGGAGUGUAAUCAAGACCCAUUCCAGCCAUCGUAAUAACCAGCUGGAGUUCGCCCGCGAUGGGUGCGUCAGGUGGGGGUAUGGCGACUGCUCAGUAGGCAGUCUCACAAGUUUUCGGACGAAGAUGGGGAAGCAUUGUGGGUUUGGUGGUGGUCAGAGGGAUUGAGUUUGAGGGUUUCCCGUAUUUGUGUUUUUUUUUUGUUCGACCAAGGGCUCGGAUUGUCGUCGGUCCAUGUCAUCCGAGUGCAGUCGCCCAGGAGCUAGUGAUGAGGCUGGAGAUGAGACGAAGACCAGCACGAUCUGAUUGACAGGGCAAACAGAGUCGACAGCUGAGGGCUGAUGGUCUCCGAUUGUAGAACAUCAGACGGUGGACCACAGGGCCCGGAGAGGUGAUUUCCCAGACUUGGCCUACCGACAUGGCUAACGAUUCCGGCCAGCAAUAGUGUACAUGGUACU